GGAAGCGCCCAGAGCGGCUCGAGGACUUGGGGCGUUCGCAUCUCGCGGCUCUCUCUGCUCUGUGUCGGCUGCACUCCCGCUGCACCCCCUCCCCUCUUCUUUCCGGGUCGAAAGAAUCCACACACCAGAAAGUCACCAUGUCUAUUUUGAAGAUCCAUGCCAGAGAGAUCUUUGACUCUCGUGGGAAUCCCACCGUGGAGGUUGAUCUCUACACCUCCAAAGGUCUCUUCCGUGCUGCUGUGCCCAGUGGUGCCUCUACUGGUAUCUACGAGGCCCUGGAGCUCCGAGACAAUGAUAAGACUCGCUACUUGGGGAAGGGUGUUUCACAGGCUGUUGAGCACAUCAAUAAAACUAUUGCACCUGCCCUGGUUAGCAAGAAACUGAAUGUGGUGGAGCAGGAGAAGAUCGACAAACUCAUGAUCGAGAUGGACGGCACUGAGAACAAAUCUAAGUUUGGUGCCAAUGCCAUCCUGGGCGUGUCCCUUGCUGUCUGCAAGGCUGGUGCGGUGGAGAAAGGGGUGCCGCUGUACCGCCACAUCGCUGACUUGGCGGGCAACACCCAGGUCAUCCUGCCAGUCCCGGCUUUCAAUGUGAUCAACGGGGGGUCUCACGCCGGUAACAAGCUGGCCAUGCAGGAGUUCAUGAUCCUUCCCGUGGGGGCCUCGAGCUUCAGGGAGGCCAUGCGCAUCGGGGCGGAGGUGUACCACAACCUGAAGAACGUCAUCAAAGAUAAAUACGGGAAAGACGCCACCAAUGUGGGCGACGAGGGCGGCUUCGCCCCUAACAUCCUGGAGAACAAGGAAGCCCUGGAGCUGCUCAAGACCGCGAUCGGAAAGGCUGGCUACACCGAUAAGGUUGUCAUUGGCAUGGACGUGGCUGCUUCUGAGUUCUUCCGCUCUGGGAAGUAUGACCUGGACUUCAAGUCUCCGGAUGAUCCCAGCAGAUACAUCAUGCCUGACGAGCUGGCUGACCUGUACAAGUCCUUCAUCAAGGACUACCCGGUGGUGUCCAUUGAAGACCCCUUUGACCAGGACGACUGGCCGGCGUGGAAGAACUUCACGGCUUCGGCUGGCAUCCAGGUGGUCGGGGACGAUCUGACCGUGACCAACCCGAAGCGGAUCGCCAAGGCCGUGGAGGAACAGGCGUGCAACUGCCUGCUGCUCAAAGUGAACCAGAUCGGCUCUGUGACGGAGUCCCUGCAGGCGUGCAAGCUGGCCCAGUCCAACGGUUGGGGUGUGAUGGUGUCGCAUCGCUCUGGAGAGACGGAGGACACCUUCAUCGCCGACUUGGUGGUGGGGCUCUGCACGGGCCAGAUCAAGACUGGCGCACCCUGCAGAUCCGAGCGCCUCGCCAAGUACAACCAGCUCCUGAGAAUCGAGGAGGAACUGGGCAGCAAGGCCAUGUUUGCCGGCAGGAACUUCAGAAACCCUCUGGCCGAGUAAGCCACAGGCAGGCGAGCCUGAGCUUCCAGCACCUUCUGUCACCAUCGGCUGUGUAACCCCUGCCCACAAUGUCAGAGCGCAGCGUGAGGCCCCCCCAAGCUGGGGGCUUUGUGUAGUUUGUUCCCUCCUCUACUGCUUCCUUAGAACUUGUGCACAAAACAGGCCCGACCACGGGUACCCUGUUCAGAUCCUAGCUCUGUAAUCAUGUCAUUGGCCCCAAUCAUCGUCACCAUGCUUGCCACCUGCUAUCUGGAGCCACGUGCGCCUCCAGUGUGAUUGCCAAGGUGGCCACAGGCUAGAUCCCCAGUGGUUGUACGUGCGAAAUAAAAGCCUCAGUGACCCGUG